AUGGCGCCUCCUGGUCGCCGACGUGUCCCUCCGACUCACACCCUCCUGCCCUUUCUCCUUCUCUGUGUCCUAUUCUCGAGUGCCUCUGCCGCUUCCGCUGUCCUGGGUAUCGACCUGGGCACCGAGUACAUCAAAGCUGCUCUUGUCAAGCCCGGAAUUCCCCUCGAGAUCGUUCUUACCAAAGAUUCCAAGCGCAAAGAAGCUGCAACCCUUGCGUUCAAGCCCUCAAGAUUACAAGCAACAGACCCAGAAGCGCUGCCCGAACGGUUGUAUGGUGGCGACGCCAUUGCACUGGCUGGCAGAUUCCCAGGAGAUGUAUACCCCAACCUCAAAACCUUGUUGGGUGUCGACGUUGGCUCGGAAUGGGCACAAGAGUAUCAAAGAAGAUAUCCGGGGUUGAGCGUUGAGUCCAUGGUCCGGAACGAGACCUUGAAACAGGCCACGGUUGCUUUCAAGAGUCAGGUUUUCGAAAAGACGGAACCUCCGUUCAUGCUCGAAGAACUACUGGCCAUGGAGCUCAAAAACAUUAAGGCCAAUGCCGAUGUGACUGCGGGACAGGGCGCGGAUAUCACGGAUGUUGUGUUGACGGUUCCAGCAUUCUACACUGCGGAAGAGAAACGAGCACUGGAACUGGCUGCCGAUCUGGCCGGCCUGAGGGUGCUUGGGCUAAUAAGCGAUGGGUUGGCGGUUGGCGUCAACUACGCGACCAGCAGAACAUUUCCCAGCAUCAGCGAUGGAGCAGCGCCGGAGUAUCAUCUUGUCUACGAUAUGGGAGCAGGGUCGACUACCGCCACUCUUCUGAGAUUUCAGGGCAGGACCGUCAAAGACAUCGGAAAGCGCAAUAAGACUAUACAAGAAGUCCAGGUCGUGAGUUCCAAUUGGAAGAAAGACCUUGGAGGGGACGCCUGGAAUCAACUGAUCGUUGAUGACAUGGUUGCGAGCUUCGUGGACACACCGAAAAUGAAAGCAUUAGACGUCAUGCCUAUCCAUGUUUGGAAGAACGCGAAGACAAUUGCAAGACUCUGGAAAGAAGCUGAGCGGAUGCGACAAGUCCUGAGCGCUAACUCUCAGACUUCAGCAACGUUGGAAGGAUUGUUCUUUGAGGAUGUUAACUUCAAGUAUCAACUGUCGAGAGCUGAGUUUGAAGAGCUGGCUAUAUUCCAGGCCUCGCAGGUAAGCGUUCCGCUGGUGCACACUCUGGAGGCAGCUGGCAUCAGCGUUCAGCAGCUGAAUUCCGUGAUCUUGCACGGCGGCGCUGUACGUACCCCUUUCGUCCAGAAACAUCUCGAGGCAGUUGCCGGGGGUCCCAGCAAGAUCAGGACAAAUGUCAACGCCGAUGAGGCGGCGGUCCUAGGGGCAGCUUUCAAAGCAGCUGGCCUCAGCCCCAGCUUCCGUGUCAAGGACAUUCGGGCAGAUGAUACCUCUGGAUUUGACGUGCAUCUUCGCUGGACAAGCGAUGGGAAAGAGAGAGCGCAAAAAGUAUUCACACGAAAGUCGCUCAUUGGGCCGGAGAAGCAAGUUCCAUUCAAAACUCAGGAGGACUUCCAUCUGGACCUAACUCAAAUGGUUGACGAAAGAGAGAUCCCAGUUUUGGAAGUCAGCGUCAGCAACUUGACCGCCUCCGCUGCCCAGUUGAAGGACAAAUAUGCUUGCACGAGCGCCAACAUGAGCACAAAAUUGACAAUGCGCCUCAGUCCACUUGAUGGUCUGCCUGAAGUACUAUCCGGUAGUGUUAGCUGUGAAGUUGAAGCCACAAAGGAAGGGGGCGUGAUGGAUAAUGUCAAAGGUCUAUUCGGAUUUGGGUCCAAGAAGGCUGAAGAUCAAGAACCACUUCAGGAGGACGACUCUGCAGACGCCGACACUACAUCAGCUACCCUAUCCACCGAUGAAGAGACAUCGACUUCGCCAUCAGCCUCCACAUCCACCACAGAUAAAGCGACAAAACCAUCAUCAAGUAUAGUAGUGAUUCCUCUCUCCCUCACCACGCGUCCACUCGGCCUCAAUCUCCCAAUCCCUGUCGACCAGUUGACCCGCAUCCGUACUCGUCUGGCAAAACUUGAUGCCUCGGAUCUUGCACGCUCCCGCCGCGCUGAAGCUCUAAACACGCUCGAAUCCUUCACCUACCGCGCCCGCGACUACAUUACAGACCCUACCUUCAUUACACAUUCUACCCAAGAAAUCCGCGACACGCUCGAGCAGAAACUGAAUGAAGCAAGCGAGUGGCUUUACGGCGAUGGUGUCGACGCCAAGCUCCGGGACUUCCAAGAUCGAUUAAAAGAAUUGAAGGGCAUCGUCGAACCAGUCCUGAAGCGAAGAGAAGAAGCCUCUAAGCGAGCAGGGACGAUUGAAAAAUUAAACGAAAGCCUCGAUCAGAUGAAGGGUAUGAUCAAAAUGGUGGAGAGUAGUGUAGAAAAAGCGGCCGAGGAUGCGAAGCAGAGUGCCGAGACCGAAGCAGCCGCAGCCGCCGCCGCCGCCUCUGCAGCUUCUGAAACAGAGUCUUCGGCAUCGAGUGAGAAAAAUAGAGAUGCGGAAGCUGAGGGCGAUGACGAGCUCGACGACGAUCCCUACUCAACCACAAGCACCAGCACCGCGUCUACUCCCGAAUCAUCCGAGACAAACGACCCGUCCGUCAUCUCCCCCUACAACGCAGCCGAUCUCUCCAGCCUCCAAUCCUCCUACGAUACCGUCUCCAGAUGGCUAGAAGAAAAGCUGUCGGCGCAGAGUCAGCUGGGAGACCACGAUGACCCGGUGGUAUUGGUUCGGGAAUUGGAACAGAAGACAGGGGAACUGCAGAGGGUGAUCAGGGACGUCGUGGUUAAGAAUAUCAGGAUCCCCGCACAGAGGAAGGGCAAGGGUCCCAAGGCCGGAGGAGCGGGAGCAGGGAAGAAGAGUAAAGCGAAGAAGGGAAAGCAGGGAAAGAGUGCGAGCGCGAGUGCGAGUGCCACUAGGGAUGUGGAUGAUGGAGCGGAAACAGCGACAUCGACAUCGACUCCGACUUCUUCGUCCGCCACUGCAAGCUCCGCGUCGGGUAGCAGCCACAGCAGAGACGAGCUGUGA